GGCCAGGGAUGGAACCUCAACCUCAUGGAUACUAGUCGGGUUUGUAACCCACUGCACCACAGUGGGAACUUCCUCGAAGAUAUCCUUAGAGUGGGAAGCACGUGGGUUUUGAAAUAGAAAAACCAUCUAUUUCUUUGCCAAGAAAAAUCUCUUUUCAAGGCUAUGUGACCUUGGUAUUUCAGGGAGCUUAACUAAAAGAUGAGGGUUCAGGGGACUUGAGUCUUUUGGAGGGGACCCUGGUAUUCCAACAGGGAAUGAAGAGAGGGCAGUGGGCUGAACCGAGACCCCUGCCUGCAUGCUCAGCCUGCUUCGGCUGGGGCCCCUUUCAUGGAGCGGUUACAAAGUGGCAGGCGGGCCAGGCUGCUCAUGACAGCAGGGAAUGUGAAGAUCACAGACACUUCACAUACCCAGCCCGUCCCCUUGUCGUAACACGUUCCAACUGCGCCCUCUUCUGUUGUGUCUCACGUGUUGCAGGGAAUACACGCAGUGACUGAUGGACAGCUUGGAGCCGGUGCUGGGGGAGCUCGCGGCUCUCUGUCUCUGGGAGCAGCAGGAGAGGAGGGGAAACGUCAGCCCUGGCCCCCUACCCCAUGGAGCAGGCAGCUACACCCGGGGGCCUAGGGCUCCCUUGCAGCCCCCAGCAGGCCUUGGUGCUGUACCAGCACCUCUUCAGGUGCCCCGCAGACCUGGGCCAGCUCCAGGUUGCCCUGCAGCAGGUGAGAGCAGCAGGGCUCCGUCUCUGAGGGGCAGGGUCUCCGUGGGGUCUGACUCUACUUUGCCUCCCCAGGUACAAGAGGGCCAGGCCUGCUGCUCAGGCUUGGAACUACCCACUGCCCUGCUGCAGAUGGAGCGGAGGCGGCGGGCCCAGGAGCAGCUCCUGUGGGACUUGGAGCUGCUGACUGGGGCGGGGCUGGGCCUCUUCUGGCCCCCCUGGGCCCAGUUCUGCGGUCUGAGAGGCCAGGCCCAGGGUGCAGGGAGCCAGCGCAGCAAGCUCUGCGGGAGGAUGGAAAGCGCUGAGCGGCUGAUGAGAGAGAAUUCCAGGCAGUGCCCAUCAUCCCAGGCUGAGGACUCCCUGAGCCAGAGCCAUCAGCUCCUGGGGGGGGGGAAAGUAGUGGCCCCAUCAUCAGCCCUGGAUCUGGGUGAAGCCAGGAGUGAUACGGAUGCAAGGCCUGAGAGCCCCAGCAUGCCUGCAGAAGAGCCCACACCAGGUUGCUUACAAGAGCUGAACCUCACCACCAGCAGUUGCUUUGGGGAACCAGGAAAUGCAGAGUUCAAGGACCUGGCCCAGAGGGAAGAGAGGGGGCAGGCAGAGCCCAUGCCCCAGAGGCCCCAUCCACCAUCACCCAGAAGCCCACAGGAGGAACAGCUUGCUCAGGGAGCCCCAGGGCCUUCAGCCCUCCCCUCCCAGGGCCUGCUGGAACCCCAGGAUUCCCCAGAGGCACAGGGCUGGAGCCUGAGUCCGGAGAGAGCAGAACUUCAGAAAGUGCUAAGGACUGAGAUUCCUCAGGGUCAGAGAGGGGAGGCCCUCCAGGGGGAGGACGAAGUUCCUCAGAGGAAGAGAGAGAAGACACACCAGGAUCAGAGAUGGGAGGCCAUUCCGGCCCCGAGGGAAGAGGUCCCUGAAGGUCCAAGGACAGAGGCGCCUCAAGGUCAAAGCGGAAGUCGCGCUAAGUGCCGGAGAAAGGACGCCCUGCAGGAGGCCCAGGAGGAUUCUCCCAAGGGCCUUCCGUCUUUCGAGGGCCGAGGCCGUGUCCCCCAAGCCUGGGAGGUGGCUGGGGGAGAAGGGGAGGAAGGCGGCUCCCUGAGAAUUGGGGGGCACUUCUGCAGGUCUCUGGGAGAACAGAUGCCCCGGCCCGGGGGAAAGACCGCUCAGCUGAUGCCGGUUAAGACCGAUGACCAGAAAGCAGAGACCACACCGGCCGCGGGAGAGCAGGGGCCCGCCGGGGAGGGAGCGCGAGCUCGCCUUCCGUCCGCGACCAGGUCUCCGCUCGCAGGCGCGGGAGCCGGGAUGCUAGCGGCCCCACGCACUAGGGGCUCCGGCCAGUCGGAGCGCCUAGAAGCUCUCCCGGGGCACCUGGCCCUGGUGCGCGAUCCGCACGCGCUCCAGGGCCCGGGAAGAAGCCCCAGCCCCGCGAAGCAGGAAGUGGGCGGCUCCACAGGGCUCCCAGGCGCCCUCGGAGAGCGGAGGGGCGGCUCUGAGGCCCCCAAGGCCUCGAAGGCCGCGUGGCCCGAGGCCCCGGGCAGGCACAGGGCGUCGGCGGGCGUGAGCGCUGCGCAGCAGGAGACGGCUCUGCAGCAGCUGCUGGAGUUGCACCGGGAGGCCCGGCGCCGGCGGCAGCAGGAUCGCGAGCAGCAGCGGCUCCGGGUGCGCGGCGGGGCCGGGCGGGCCUGCGAGCGGGCAGGGCACGGAGCGGCCGCGGGUUGGCCGCUGACAGAGGCCUCCUUCAGGUCCUGGAACGCCUCCGCCUCGCCAGGAACCGCCACUGCCGGGUGCACCCCCUGGGACCCCCACCGAGUCCAGCCCAGCUCCCGCCACAGGCAAGAGGCCCAGGAGAAGGCGGUGGGCGGCGGAGCUGGGCGCAACCCGGGUGCCUCUGAAGUGCGUGCCCCGCGCGCUUGGGAUGACACCUGCGGAGAGCGGGAGGCGGCUCUGCCGGGUGCUGCCCCCUGCUGGCCGCAGCGAGCCCGGGGGCUGGGAGGCGGGGGGCUCAGCGCUUGGCGCCCCCCUCCCCCGCCAGGAGGACGCGGCGGGGCGGCGGCGGGCCCUGCGGGAGCAGCUGGAGCAAAUGCACCGGGAGAGAACCGGGUGGCUGCGAGCCCUCGGAGCCAGGAACACCCAGAACUUCCAGCAGUUACUGUGGCCCCCUGGCGCUGAGGAGCCUGCGUCUGGACAGCAUCGCUCGCCCUUCCCAGCCCCUUCCAAUCCUCACAGGGAUGGUUAAAGAGAUGAGGGUUCUUGAAGGAUAAAGACGGCAGCCUGCAUGCAGUUCAGAGGUAGUUUCAAAAAGGCCCAGAACGCAGCGUCACGGCUUGGGAGAGCCAAACAGACGUACACCGCAGCUUCACCCCACUUGGAGGUGUGCGAUUUCUUCUGCCCUCCCCUAGGCCCACUGCCUGGCCCAGGGUCAGAGGGCCAGGUCCCGGGGGUCAAGCAGUGCGAAGGCCCCAUUCUUGCGGAAGAAAGAUUCCAUGCGGCACAUCUUGCAGGAGACCUGUUCUUGCUUCACUGGGGGGCCUGGAAAAAGAUGUCAGAAGCCAGGAAUGGGUUUCUGAGAAAGGAACCCAGAGCGCACCACGGCCCUGCCUGCGUUACCCUAGGAACCUGCUUAUCUUGUAUCCACUUUGUGUGAAGAAAUAAAAAGAAGUGCUUCUGAAGAGUGGGGGCUGUGCGAAAACAGGGAGCUGGUUGGCUGUUGGGAUCAGCAGUGAUGGCCAAAUGCCAGUCAGCUGUGUGCCAGCUUGUCACAGGGACGGGCAGAGCUAGACUUCUCCGGGGCAGAUAGGGCUUCCUUCUACUUCCUGCUCCCCUUUUGGGGCUCCCUUCCUGCUUUUGUUCUGAAAUUGUUCCCUUUCCUCCCCCUUUAGGGCCCUGGGGAAAGUGGGGACCCUUUUUUAGGCAAAACUUCAACUGCGUUUAUCCCCAACCAUCCCCAACCGUCUUCCGCACAGGCCCUCCAGGAGCUGGAGAAAAUGCAGGACUGAGUAGUCUCACCUGAGAUUCCUGACCACAGACAGCAAAGGCACACUCUGCAUCACCCAGCAAUCUCACUGGCACUCCCUGGAAUAUUCUUUUUUCCCACACCUUGACUUUCUCUUCAAACACCACCAUUGCCUCCACGCCUCUCCCUCCCAGCUGAUCAAUGUCACUGGUCCAGCUGACAGCCUUCGCGCCAAUGCCACCUCCCUACUCCUCACUGUGUGCCCUGCCUUCUCCUAGUUAAUCCAGCCUCCAGGGCUCCCUGGGUGAGCUCACCCAGUCUCAGGGUUUUAAAGAGCGCUUGUAUCCGGACGACCCCCAA